ACUGUCACACUGUCACACUGUCACACUGUCACACUGUCAGACUGUCACACUGUCAGACUGUCGAACAGUCACACUGUCACACUGUCAGACUGUCACACUGUCACACUGUCAUACUGUCAGACUGUCAGACUGUCACACUGUCACACUGGCAUACUGUCAUACUGUCACACUGUCACACUGUCAUACUGUCACACUGUCAUACUGUCAGACUGUCACACUGUCAGACUGUCAUACUGUCACACUGUCACACUGUCAUACUGUCAUACUGUCACACUGUCAGACUGUCAGACUGUCACACUGUCACACUGUCACACUGUCAGAUUGUCACACUGUCAGACUGUCGAACAGUCACACUGUCACACUGUCACACUGUCACACUGUCAUACUGUCAGACUGUCAGACUGUCACACUGUCACACUGGCAUACUGUCAUACUGUCACACUGUCACACUGUCAUACUGUCACACUGUCAUACUGUCAGACUGUCACACUGUCAGACUGUCAUACUGUCACACUGUCACACUUGAGUGCAGUCACGCCAUCAGAGCCAUCAUUUACGCAGCACCUUAGAGGAAUGCCAGUCGUUCCAAACACAGAGAUCUCUAGUCCAGGUCUCUCGCGCCAACACCACGGCUAG